AAUAUUGCUGCGUUACUCACAGGAAGCUUCCCCGCCUUCGUUUUCCUGUGCGACCUCCUGUGAGGGGUUUCCAAGUCUCGGAGAGCAAAACCGGCGGUGACGACAGCCGCACAACAUGCAGCUGCACUGCACGCAGCGCUCCGCAGCAGCGAGCUGCCAUGCUCGCCGUGGCGCUGCAGUGGCGCAAGCGCCAGUCCGCUGCAGCCACCCGUCAGGCGUUUUCCUGAAUGGAGCCUCGAUUGCACCGAGCGUGCACCGCUCUCGCCGAUGCGUAAAGGCGUUUGUGAGUGUGGCGAGCCAGAAUGCUGCCCAGAUGGAUGCUGCCCCUCAGAAGGCGCAGGCUACGCAGCAAGAUUGGACGCCCAAAACCACUGCCAGCGACUCAGUUCUCGCAGUGUGGAGGAAGGCGGACGCAGUUUGCUUCGAUGUUGAUUGCACCAUUACCGUGAAUGACUCGCUGGACCUGCUGGCCGAGUUCAUGGGCGUGAAGGAGCAGGUGGAAAUCCUGACCAACAAGGCCAUGGACGGCUCUCUGUCUCUGGAGCAGGCCCUGGAGGAGCGGCUCAACAUCAUCAACUGCUCGCCCGAUGACAUCAAGCGGUUCAUCAAGGCGCACCCGCCCGCCUCGCGCAUGGCGCCGGGCAUCAAGGAGCUCAUCAACUCGCUUCAGGCCCGCGGCAAGGCCAUCUACCUCAUCAGCGGAGGAUUCAGGGAGCUGACGCUGCCCAUCGCCGCGUACCUGGGCAUCCCCAAGGAGAACGUAUUUGCCAACCGCAUGAACUGGCAGUGGGACGACGAGACCGGCAUGCCCACCAAGCUGGUCGGCUUCGACAUGUCGGAGCCCACCGCACACAACCAGGGCAAGCCGCAGGCCAUCGCGCGCAUCCGCCAGCGCAACCCCUACAACACCGUUGUCAUGAUCGGCGACGGCAUCACCGACCUGGAGGCGGUCCAGACCACCGGGGGCGCCGACCUGUUCAUCGGCAGCGGCGUGGUGGUGGAGCGCCCGGCGGUGGCCAGGGAGGCGGACUGGUACGUGUACGACUACACGGACCUCCUGCGCACCAUGGCCCGCUACUCGGUGGCCAUGGUGGGCAGCGGCGCCUGGGCGUGUGCAGCGGUGCGCAUGAUCGCGCAGAACACACAGGUGGACGACGCGGCGGAUGAGUUUGUGGACGAAGUGCGCAUGUGGGUGUACGAGGAGGACUUCGAGGGCAAGAAGCUCACGGAGGUCAUCAACCAGACCCACACGAACCCCAAGUACUUCCCCGGCUUCGACCUGGGCCCCAACGUGGUGGCCGUACCCAACAUCGUGGACGCGGUGGCUGACGCCGACCUGAUUGUGUUCUGCGCGCCGCACCAGUUCCUGCACCACAUCUGCAAACAGCUGGUCGGCAAGAUCAAGCCUGGCGCCGCCGCCAUCAGCCUGACCAAGGGCAUGCGCGUGCGGCCCGAGGGCCCGCAGCUGAUCAGCCAGAUGGUGCGGCGCCUGCUGGGCAUCGACUGCUGCGUGCUCAUGGGCGCAAACAUCGCCACGGACAUCGGCCGCGAGCAGCUGUCCGAGGCAGUCAUUGGGUACGACAACCUGGAUGCGGCCACGCUGUUCCAGAAGAUCUUCCAGCGCCCCUACUUCCGCGUCAACCUGCUGCCCGACCCGGUGGGCGCGGAGAUGUGCGGCACGCUCAAGAACAUCGUGGCCCUGGGUGCGGGCAUGGUGGACGGCCUGGGACUGGGACCCAACUCCAAGGCCGCAAUCAUCCGCCAGGGCCUGGUGGAGAUGCGGGCGUUCUCCAAGGCGCUGUACCCCUCCGUGCGUGAUGACACGUUCAUGGAGAGCUGCGGCGUGGGAGACCUGGUGGCGACCUGCUAUGGUGGCCGCAACCGCCUGGUCGCCUGCGAGUGGACCAAGGCGCAGAUGGAGGGCAAGCCGCGAACCUUUGAGGACCUGGAGACGGACCUGCUCAAGGGCCAGAAGCUGCAGGGCGUCCUCACCAGCAACGAGGUGCAGGAGAUCCUCAAGGUGCGCGGCUGGGAGUCGCAGUACCCGCUGUUCACCACAGUCAACCGCAUCAUCAACGGCUACCUGCCGCCCAAGUACGUGGUGGAGUUCGUGGCUGGCGCCAAGUACCACAUCCGCCGCCCCGGCACCGACGAUGAGGAGAUUGUCCCUGUGCGGCCCAAGCGCCCCGCUGCCGCCGGUGGCGUGGCCACCGCACCCAUUCUUGCCGCCUAAGCAGCGGCAGCGGCUAGCCCUGCAUUGCACCAGAGAGCAAAUGGAGACUGCGGCGGAAGUAGCUGCGGUGACAGCAGCAGGAGUGAGGAGCAGGCACUUAUGCUGGUGCGGAUGUCUCAUGAAGGCAUGAACAAGAUGUUGUUGAAGAUGAGGGCAGGUUGAAGCAUUUUCUCUAGAAUUGAGCGCGUCCGAGGGCUUCAUGCAGCCUUGCGCGCCGUUGUAGACCCGACACCGGUCGUGGCGCCGCAUGGGCAAGGGCGCUCGGUAGGUGUGUGUUUCAUUGAGCGGGAUCACAUUCGGUCCCUUCAGAUGUGUGCGCGCGCAAAGCGCGCGUUGUUGCUUGCGCCCGACACCCGUAUUCACCUACCAUGUAGAUUAUACGCAUCCCUUCAUGGAUGGGGCUGCUGCAGUGCAUUUCCUGACGGUGUUAGCGUGUAUUGACCAUUGCCCUCGGGUGCGGACCUGCAUGUUGUGCCUGUUGGCCCACGGUGGCAGGGCGCCUUUGGCCCCUCCCCACGCCCGCCAGCCCUGUCUGUCGUAAUAUUUGAAAGACGAUGCGCCACCUGGCAAUUCUUUCUUUGAUUCAAUUCAGUGUAUGGUAACGCUUGUGUGCCUGGGUCCCGCUCACAUUGAUCGAGUUGGCUGCUUGCACACGGUGCUAUCAGGGUGUCCGACAAUCUGAUUUGCAGACUUGCAGUUGAGGGCGCCCGCGCCAUCUGUAAAGUUUGGUGCGUUGAGCUGCCGAAAGCGCCCCUGUAAAUGAAAGUGCUG